CCAUCCCCCAAGAGCAGCUCUCUCGCUCACAUUUUCUCUUUAAAGCCACCGUGUCAAAGUUAUGCAGUAGAAAGCGAUCACUUGCAAAAAAAAUCUGCCUUCUCUUCUGCGAAAUUGUGAAAAGUCGAAGGAGCGUCGAAGAUUUUUUUUAAAUUUUUGGCAUUUUUAUUUUAUUUUAUUUUUUAACUUCAAGGAUUCAACUUUGCCAGUCAAGCUGUGCGCCCUCGAAGGGUGUCACUGCAGUCUCUGGGCACAGCACUUGGAUUUAGAAAGAAGGAUUUUCUCCUUUUUUUUACUGCGAGAAGCUGCCCUUUAAUUUCUUCGCAUGAAUCUCCUCGACCCUUACCUGAAGAUGACAGACGAACAGGAGAAGUGUCACUCCGACGCUCCCAGCCCCAGCAUGUCGGAGGACUCCGCGGGCUCGCCGUGCCCGUCCGGGUCCGGCUCGGACACCGAGAACACCCGGCCCUCCGACAACCACCUCCUCCUGGGUCCAGACUACAAGAAGGAGGGCGAGGAAGAAAAGUUCCCCGUCUGUAUCAGAGACGCAGUGUCCCAGGUGCUGAAGGGUUACGACUGGACGCUGGUGCCCAUGCCGGUGCGCGUCAACGGCUCAAGUAAAAGCAAACCUCACGUCAAAAGACCCAUGAACGCAUUCAUGGUGUGGGCUCAGGCUGCGCGGAGGAAGCUGGCCGAUCAGUAUCCGCAUCUGCACAACGCGGAACUCAGCAAAACCCUGGGCAAACUUUGGAGAUUGCUCAACGAAGUAGAGAAGCGGCCGUUUGUGGAAGAAGCGGAGCGUUUGAGAGUGCAGCACAAGAAGGAUCACCCUGACUACAAAUAUCAGCCGAGGCGGAGAAAAUCUGUCAAGAACGGGCAAAACGAAACCGAGGAAAGCGAGCAAACGCACAUAUCUCCAAAUGCGAUCUUCAAGGCCCUGCAGCAGGCCGAUUCUCCGGCGUCAAGUAUGGGCGAGGUGCACUCUCCAGGAGAACAUUCAGGUCAGUCCCAGGGCCCACCAACACCCCCAACCACCCCCAAGACAGACCUCCCAUCCAGCAAAGCUGACCUGAAGCGUGAGGGGCGCCCCAUGCAGGAGGGCACCAGCCGCCAGCUCAACAUCGACUUUGGAGCUGUGGACAUUGGCGAGCUGAGCAGCGACGUCAUCUCCAACAUGGGGAGCUUUGACGUCGAUGAGUUUGAUCAGUACCUGCCGCCUCACAGCCAUGCUGGGGUGACCGGCGCUGCCCAGGCUGGCUACACCAGCAGCUAUGGCAUCACCAGCUCCUCAGUCGGCCAGGCAGCCAAUGUCGGGGCCCACGCUUGGAUGUCCAAGCAGCAGCAGCAGCAGCAGCACUCUCUGACCACCUUGGGUGGAGGAGGCGAGCAAGGCCAGCAGGGUCAACAGAGAACCACCCAGAUCAAGACAGAGCAGCUGAGCCCCAGUCACUACAGCGAGCAACAAGGCUCCCCACAGCACGUCACCUAUGGGUCCUUCAACCUGCAGCACUACAGCACCUCCUCUUACCCCUCCAUCACAAGAGCACAGUAUGACUAUUCAGACCACCAAAGUGGUGCCAACUCCUACUACAGCCAUGCAGCUGGCCAGGGCUCCGGCCUGUACUCCACCUUCAGCUACAUGAGCUCCAGCCAGAGGCCGAUGUACACCCCGAUCGCCGACACCACCGGCGUGCCCUCUGUGCCUCAAACCCACAGUCCGCAGCACUGGGAGCAGCAGCCCAUUUACACACAGCUGUCCAGGCCGUGAGGAGGCCGCCUCAGCACUGACUGUACAACACUCACCCCAUGCAUAGACUUGUUUCUGCCCAGUGGCCUUUGCACCACCAUGCCACACACCCUUCAUUGCCAACAGAAAAACAUGACAAGGACUUUUUUAUAGUACUGAAAAUAUAUCUUUGGAUUGGCUCACAACAGUGCCUUUUGUAUUGGUUGGAAUUGUGAUUAUAUUUUUUUAGAUAUAAUGUUUUAAAAAGUGAAAUCCUCUGUGAGGACAUACUGGUUAUAAAUAUUUUAGUAUGUACUGUGUAUGUGUUCUGCUCUUCUCAUCUCCAUUAUAAUCAGUGUCAUCAGCAUCCUCAUCAUCACGAUUUGAAGGUUUAACACAUUUAACGGAGCAGGAAUGCCGAGUAAAAACACCCUCAGUGGCCUUACUUCUCACUAAUGUAUUUUUGUACAGGAAGUAAGAAACAUCUGUUUACUGACACUGCCAUCUUAUAAUAGCCUACAUUCUGCUUUGAAUUUUUUUAUUGUACAUAUUUUAUUGUAAUUCUCAUGAGAUGCAAGAAUUGAGCAAUGCACGUUGGAAAUAGAUUUUGAAUUUUUGGCCAUGAUAUGACUGUGUCAUCAGUGAAUUAGUCAAAUAUUCUACUUCUUGUUCUUUGCUUUAGCUCAAAUUAUUGUGUGGAAACGCUAUAGCAGGUGCCAUGUAACUCUACUAGGGGCCUUACCGUGUUGCUAGAUGUAACUGAGCAAUGCUUGCUUUUGUCUGGGUUCUGCCUUGAUACCAUUGGUGCCUCUGGAGCCACAGUAGAGAGGCUCUGUCCACUGGCAAUGCAGUGUUGAAACCACGGCACAGUUCUGACUUCCUGCUUGAGGGGGAUACAGGAAGUCACCACUGACCUGUUUCUCCUCAGCAGCCAGCAGGUCCGAGUCUGGUGUGCUUCUGUCACUCCUACAGCCCCAUCCUUUUCCUAACCUUUUCUUAAUUUAUUCUUUAGCAUUAAUUUUAUUUGAAAAUAACUAUUUGCAAUUAUCUUUUUAAUUCAGCAGCAGCUAACUGAGAUUUCAGUGGAAUAGUUUGCUGACCUAUGUGGUACAAAUUUGUUUAUUUAUCAUUUGUAAAUGUUUCCGUAUAAAAGUUUCUUUUAUUCAUGAUCUAGUUAUGUACAGAUUACUUAUAAUUACACGAUGAGUCUUUCUCUUAAAAAAGAAAAACUGGAAGUUUUCUCUUUUUUCUUUCUAACAAAUGAAUUAAUGGAUAUGGAAGCUGCCGCUGUUUUGUAAAGAAUUUGCUGGAAUCGACAGGAUACUUUUUGUUUUUGAAAAAAGUUGUGUUCCUCAUUUUAUAUAUUCUGUAUCGUUAGUUCUCAUUUUGUCAUCUUCUUAAUGCAGUUUCCCUAGGUAAACAU